GGAGCCGGUGAAGGGGUGGUGCGAGGGGUUGGGACUGGGCACUAGGCCGAGCGCCAGCUUGGAGGUCCUGUCGCGCCCUCCGCGGUCGGCGCCUAUGUUGGUCUCACAACUCGUAGCUACAAGAAGCUAGGGUUAUUGGACAUAGUCUGUUGUGGGGUUCAGAGGGCAACAGUCAUUCCUCCAAAUCCGGAGAUCCGGCACCAGUCGUCAGUAUUGGGACUCCGGGGGCUAGUAGGUUCAGGUUUGGGAUGCUGAUUUGGGAUUCAGCAUAUAGAGGUUAGUUUUAGGAUUCAUGUUCAGCAUCUAGGGGUUUUUUGCUUGGAUUGGGGGUUUGUCAAAUGUGGUCAGUGUUGGAUCAAUACUUGGAAUUCAUGCUUAGGAUUGAAGUUAAAUAUCCGAGGCCCACUUAAGAUUUAGGUAGCACUCACCAUCAUGCUGAAAGCUGUCAUCCUGAUUGGAGGCCCUCAAAAGGGAACUCGCUUCAGGCCUUUGUCUUUUGAGGUGCCCAAACCAUUGUUUCCUGUGGCUGGGGUCCCUAUGAUCCAACACCAUAUUGAAGCCUGUGCCCAGGUCCCUGGAAUGCAGGAGAUUCUGCUUAUUGGCUUCUACCAGCCUGAUGAGGCCCUUACCCAGUUCCUAGAAGCUGCUCAGCAGGAGUUCAACCUUCCAAUCAGGUACCUUCAGGAAUUUGCCCCCCUGGGCACAGGAGGUGGUCUCUACCAUUUUCGGGACCAGAUCCUAGCUGGAGGCCCUGAAGCAUUCUUCGUGCUCAAUGCUGACGUCUGCUCUGACUUCCCCUUGAGUGCUAUGUUGGAUGCUCACAGAUGCGAGCGCCACCCUUUCUUACUCCUUGGCACUACGGCUAACAGAACACAGUCCCUCAACUAUGGCUGCAUCGUUGAGAAUCCACAGACACAUGAGGUCCUGCACUAUGUGGAGAAACCCAGCACAUUUAUUAGUGACAUCAUCAACUGCGGCAUCUAUCUCUUUUCUCCGGAAGCCCUGAAACCUCUUCGGGACGUCUUCCAGCGUAAUCAGCAGGAUGGGCAACUGGAGGAUUCUCCAGGUUCAUGGCCUGGGGCAGGGACCAUCCGCCUGGAGCAGGAUGUGUUCUCAGCCCUGGCUGGGCAAGGCCAGAUCUAUGUGCACCUCACUGAUGGCAUCUGGAGUCAGAUCAAGUCUGCUGGCUCAGCUCUCUAUGCCUCUCGCCUCUAUCUGGGCCGAUACCAGAUCACUCACCCAGAACGUCUGGCCAAGCACACAUCAGGGGGUCCAAGAAUCCGAGGAAACGUUUACAUCCACCCCACUGCUAAAGUGGCCCCGUCAGCUGUGCUAGGCCCCAAUGUCUCCAUCGGGAAGGGGGUGACUGUGGGUGAAGGUGUGCGGCUCCGAGAGAGCAUUGUCCUCCAUGGAGCCACGCUGCAGGAGCACACAUGUAUUCUGCACAGUAUCGUGGGCUGGGGGAGCACUGUCGGACGCUGGGCUCGUGUGGAGGGGACCCCCAAUGACCCCAAUCCUAAUGACCCUCGAGCCCGCAUGGACAGCGAGAGCCUCUUCAAAGACGGCAAGCUGCUGCCUGCUAUCACCAUCCUGGGCUGCCGCGUCCGGAUCCCUGCCGAGGUGCUUAUCCUGAACUCGAUUGUUCUGCCACACAAGGAAUUGAGCCGCAGUUUCACCAACCAGAUCAUCCUCUGACAGGGGCUGCAGAGGGGCUCCCAACUCCUUCCUGCUCUCCUGGAGGCUGCUGCCUGCUUGGCCAGUUCCUAUCCAGAAAGGACCAGAUGAAGCCUGUCAGGAUCUUCACCUGCUGGGGCAGUGUGGGUGGCUUGGUCUCCCUCCCCGCUCCCAAAUAAACCCCAGUGAACCUUGAA